AGUGGUCGGUGGUAAAAAGCUACUGCGCUCAUCGGAACGUUAAUGUCUCUGAGCGAGUAUGGACCAAUGGGGCUCAGCUGACCGGUGUGGUCCGGGUCGUGGCUAGGGUCCGCUGCUCUGUGACAUGUGGACGAGAUGUUUCUGGUGACGCUUCACGUGGAUGAUUAUGGGAGUGUUAAGCCCUGGAGAUGCCUUCAAGCUUGGAAUCUUAGGAUGUGUGGAGAAGAGGUCCUUGGAUGCUCCGCGGCGCCCGGUCCUCGGCCGCACAGCUGUCCCUCAUGGCCGGGAGUUGACCCCUCCCACCAGGAUGACGCUGCGUGAGCAGCUGAAGGAGAAGAUAUCAGCGGCGUUCUAUCACCACGGACUGCUGUGCGCCUCCUACCCAGUUCCCAUCAUCCUCUUCACCUCGGCCAGCAUCCUGACAUGCUGCUACCCACUCCUGAGGCUCCCCCUGCCUGGGACUGGUCCCGUCGAGUUCACCACGGGCGUGCGAGACUACAGCAUCCCAUCCCAUGAUCCUCCAAGAGCUGGCAGCGAUCAGCCAGACUGGUAUCGAGGUCCACCGGUCGCCUACAUCCAGCAGGUCCUGGUGAAGGCGGCCGUGUCGCCAUGGGACAGCAGCUUGGUGCCGGUGGACGUGUUCCGCUCGCCCCUGAGUCGGGUCUUCAGCCUACUGGACGAGAUCCGGAACCAUGUCCAUACAGACAGCUCUGGAGCACAGAGUCUGGAGACUUUGUGCCUCCAAGUGGCUGACCUGUUCCCCGGGCUGAGGCGGAUGCAGUCAGUGCUUCCAGAGCACGGCUGCCUGCUGCUAUCCCCCGGAAACUACUGGCAGAACCAGCGGGAGCUCUUUGACUCAGACCCCAACCUCCUGAAGACUAUCCAGAAGCACGAGCCCAAAGGCCUCAGCACCACGGCCACGUUGAGAGAUCUACUAUUCGGGGUCCCUGGCAAGUUUACAGGUGUGAGCCACUACAACCGGAGGCGCGUGGUGACGUACACCAUCACCAUUGUGCUCUCCAGCUACAAUGCCAGGUUCCUUGCCGGCCUCCGGACACGUCUGAUGCAGCUCCACCCGUCCACCAACUGCAGCCUGAGAGAGGACCACAUGGUCCACGUGCACUUCAAGGAGGAGAUUGGUGUGGCCGAGCUCAUCCCCCUGGUGACCACCUACAUCAUCCUCUUCGCCUACAUCUACUUCUCCACACGUAAGAUCGACAUGGUCAAGUCCAAGUGGGGUCUCGCUCUGGCCGCUGUGGUCACCGUCCUCAGCUCCCUGCUCAUGUCUGUGGGUCUGUGCACGUUGUUCGGCCUGACUCCAACACUCAACGGCGGUGAGAUCUUCCCGUACCUGGUGGUAGUGAUCGGGCUGGAGAACGUUCUGGUCCUCACCAAGUCUGUGGUAUCCACUCCUGUUGACCUGGAGGUCAAACUGCGCAUCGCCCAGGGUUUGAGCAACGAGAGCUGGUCCAUCAUGAAGAACAUGGCGACUGAGCUGUGCAUCAUCCUUAUCGGGUACUUCACGCUGGUUCCUGCCAUCCAGGAGUUCUGUUUGUUUGCCCUGGUGGGUUUGGUGUCUGACUUCUUCCUGCAGAUGCUUUUCUUCACCACCAUUUUAUCGAUCGACAUCAGACGCAUGGAGUUGGCCGACCUGAACCGCCGUCUUCCUGCUGAAGCCGGACUCCCGACUAAACCAGGGCCACUGCGGACCCGAGAGGUUCCUCCACCUCCCAGACCUUCCCCCCACACCAUCACCCUGCAGACCACAGCCUUCAGGAACCUGCGGGUGCCCAAGAGGCUGCGCGUGGUCUACUUCCUGGCCCGGACUCGCCUGGCUCAGAGGAUCAUCAUGAUUGGCACGGUGAUCUGGAUCGGGAUUCUGGUCUACACGGACCCUGCCGGGCUGCGGACCUACCUGGCUGCGCAGGUGUCAGAGCAGAGUCCGAUGGGAGACCCUGGGGGGGUCCACCUGGCUGUAGCCCCUGUGUUUCCGGAUCCUACCAGCACGCUGACAGUCCACAGCGCUCCUGAGCCGACACCCGUCCCUGAGAACCAGUCCCAGGGUCACCACGGCCCCUCCAGGACUGUGCCCUUCUCCCAGACCCCCUCGGCUGUCCCCCAGAUCACCUGGGGGUCUGAGGACGAAGAGGGCUGGAGGAGACUGUCCUUCAGACACUGGCCGUCGCUGUUUGGCUACUACAACAUCACCCUGGCAAAAAGGUACAUCAGCAUCCUGCCUGUCAUCCCGGUCACCCUCCACCUGAGUCCGCAGGAAGCCCUGGAGACCCGCCACCCUCAGGACCCUCGACAACCUCCGCCCCCUUUGCCCCACGUCCCCGCCGACCUGCAGACGGACCUCACGCUCUACAAGGUUGCCGCUCUGGGCCUGGCUGCUGGGAUUCUGCUGGUCCUGCUGCUCUUCUGCCUCUACCGGGUCCUGUGUCCCCGGAACUACGGCCAGAACGGAGUGGCUCACGGGCGCCGGCGACGUGGAGACCUGCCCUGUGAUGACUACGGUUAUUCUCCUCCAGUCAGUGAGAUCUCGCCGCUGCUGCUGAGAGGCCACUGCAUGGACAUCGAGUGCUUGGCCAGUGAUGGGAUGCUGCUGGUCAGCUGCUGCCUGGCCGGGCAGAUCCGAGUGUGGGACGCCCAGACGGGAGACUGCCUGACUGUAAUCCCCAACCCUGGGCUAAGGCGCAGCAGCGGCUGCUGGGAUCAACGGGACGUCUGGGAUUCGGUCAGUGCUAAUGAUUCAGAGUGUUGGGGUCCAGAGGGACGCGACCUGUCAGCCAGUGGGGACGUGCCCUCGGAGGACGAGAUCUACCAGCCAAGGCACCGCUCGGCCCGACUGUUCUCCGAUCAGCCUGACCUCACGCCCCUCAUCGACACCAACUUCACCUCACAGCCGCCCGGCCUCCUGAUCUCCCCGCCGUCCGGAGGCUUUGACUUCGGGGGUCUGGUGGAGCGAGCCUACCUGGAGCACGAGCCCCCAUCUCCCACCUCGUACCCCUGUCCGUCCUCUGCCUCAUCCUCCCCACCCACUGGGGCUGUUCUCCAGAGGACACCCAGCCUCGGGGACCUGGUGGUCCCGGGCCAGGAGAGGGCGGCGUGUGGGGGGGCGCAGGCCGACUGGGACAGCUCGGUGUGGGCCUUGGAGCUGCGAGGCAACUUGAUAGCUGCCGGCAGGAGCAGCGGGACCCUGGAGCUCUGGGAUGCGGUGGAAGGAUCGCUGCGCUGCAGCAACGAGGACGGCGUCUCAGGCAUCACGGCGCUGGCCUUCCUCAAUAACAGGAUCGUGGCAGCCCGACUCAACGGCUCUCUGGACUUCUUCACCGUGGAGAUCAACAAGCCUGUGGGUCUGCUCCAGCACCGAGGUGGUGCUCCAGGCCGAGGCAGCCUGCCCCCAUCCCCCUGCUACAGCAGUGAAGACCUCAUCAGCUGUCACCUGACCCGCUCGGUCCUCUGUGCCCACCAGAAGCCCAUCACGGUGCUGCGGGCGGCUGCUGGCAGGGUGGUGACUGGCAGCCAGGACCACACGGUCCGGGUCUACCGCCUGGAGGACUCAUGCUGUCUCUUCACCCUGCAAGGUCACGCGGGAGGAAUCACGGCCAUCUAUAUCGACCAGACGAUGGUCCUGGCGAGUGGCGGGCAGGAUGGCGCCAUUUGUCUGUGGGACGUCCUGACUGGGAGUCGAGUGCGACACGUUUACGGUCACCGCGGCGAUGUGACCUCGCUGGUCUGCACCACUUCCUGUGUCAUCAGCUCCGGACUGGACGACCUCAUCUGCGUGUGGGACCGUAGCACUGGUAUCAAGCUGUACUCCAUCCAGCAGGAAGUGGGCUGUGGCGCCAGUCUGGGGGUCAUCUCAGAGUCCCUGCUGGUGACGGGCGGUCAGGGCUGUGUCUCCUUCUGGGAGCUGAACUAUGGCGACCUCCUGCAGACUGUCUACCUCGGGCCCAGCAGCAGCGGUCAGGGUGUCCGGCAGCUGCUGGUCCUGGACAACGCCGCCAUCGUCUGCGACUUCGGGAGCGAGCUGAGCCUGGUCCAUGUGCCCUCCGUGUUGGAGAAGCUGGACUGAGACUCGCUUCCUAGAAGGACGAGCCUUCUGCCUUGUGGAGCUGGACAGAACCAACUGGUGCUCCUGCCUCAUAGCUGGGACCAUGUGACUCACCAGGACCAGGAUCCAAGACACUGUCCAUCGUCUCCUGCCCUCAUCCCUGCUGCUGCUGCGUGAGUGAGUCACUGGUGGAAAUGUAAACAAUUCUUAUUUGUACAAAAGCGGUUAUUUAUUAGUCUGUUUGGUCUCUGAAGCGUGAGCCGUGGGGCUUAGUCCUGCAGGCGAGUUUGAGAUUUCACUGUGGCCCAGGAGCUUCUUCCUGUACGUCACCUGCCAUGUCGACGGGCAAGUCUGCGUCAAAGUGUGUUAUUUAUUAAGUCAUGUUACUGUUGAGACUGGCGGCGUCUGUGCCAUCGGCACAGAACCCACCUCACUGUUUACACUAUUGCUCGUCGACCCGUUCGGACCUGGAACACGAAUGUAAGCGACGAAUGUAGCGCCCAAGCUCAAUUGCUCUUAACAAACCGUUGACAUUCCAUGUCCUCCCCCCCGUCCCCCAUCACCACUGUCCCCUGGCUAGCUCUGCCUCUAACGUGUGGAAUUCCUGAAAUGUUUUGUAACAAGACUUUGUACGAAUUUUCAAUAAAGAUUCUUUGUCAUUGUCCGCUUUAAUUAUUUACAAAGUUAGGGAGCAAACCGUUCCCUCCUGAUGGUCUACAAACUGGGAGCAGCAGUGAGAGCACUGCAUGCUGGGAGUGAAGAGUACAGCUCCACUGCCAGCCACCUCAUGGCAACUCAAACUCCCAGAGUGCAGCAGGAGAUGAUCAGGUACU